AAUACUCAUUUUGUUAUUUUCUGCUAAAUUGUUUACUUUUACAAUGGGAAUUUUGAUGUACAUAGCAAGAUCUGUGUGUAUUUGGAGAUAUCUUUUUGGGAUUUCUACUGCAUUUUUUUGGUUGGUUUCUGCUUGUUUCUUUUCUGUUUUUUAAGCAGGGAUUAGCUUUCUUUCUGCUUUAACAUUAUAAAAUUUCUGAACUUUCAACUGAGGUUUCAUGGAGAUUGAACAAGAUCUGUGUAUUUGGAGUUUCUCUUUGUUAUUUUUACUGCAUUUUAGCUUAUUUUGGUUGGGGUUUUCUUGAGCUUUUUCUUCUUCAUUCUUGAGAACUAAAAAAUGGAAAAAAGAAAAGAUUUUUCGCUUACCCUUUUGAUUAAUCUUGCAUAAUCUUAACUCUUAGCAACAAAAAAAAAAAAGGAAAAAGAAAGGAUUUUUUGCUUACCCUUUUGAUUAAUCUUGCAUAAUCUUAACUCUUAGCAACAAAAAAAAAGGAAAAAGAAAGGAUUUUUUGCUUACCCUUUUGAUUAAUCUUUGCAUAAUCUUCACUCUUAGCAUAAAAAAAGGAAAAAGAAGGAUUUUUUGCUUACCCUUUUGAUUAAUCUUGCAUAAUUUUAAUAAUUAGUUCAUAUACACGAAUUAUUGAGUAGUCAAAUGAAAUUGGGGUCCUAAUCAAACUAAUGGGCAUAGAAGGUUCUUGUAGUCAUAACUUAUAGUCCGUCGAGGGUCUAUCGGAAACAAAGUCUCUUAUAUUCACAAGUUUCCUUCAACUCCAGAGACAAUGAAUCAUUGGGUUGGGUCAAUAUUUCUAUGCAUUAUCAGCACAUUGCUUCUGACGAGCUGGUUGGUGGCGGCGGAGGGGGAGACAUGCUCGGGGAUAGUACCAAUGCAAUAUCGAAAUGAUAAGAUAUCGAUAUUGGACUUUGGAGGUGUAGGUGAUGGGCGGACAUUGAAUACAAAAGCGUUUAAAGAAGCAAUCUUUAGAAUUCAACACUUGAAGAGGAAGGGUGGAACUUUGCUUUACAUACCUGCUGGUGUAUAUUUGACUGGCCCAUUUGAUCUUACUAGUCGAAUGACUCUUUAUUUGGCCCGUGGUGCUGUUAUCAAAGCCACUCAGGAUCCCAGUCAAUGGCCAUUAGUUGAUCCAUUGCCUUCAUAUGGGAGAGGAAGAGAGCGACCUGGUGCAAGGUAUAUGAGCUUACUCCAUGGAGACGGGCUCCAUGAUGUGAUAAUCACGGGUGAGAAUGGUACUAUUGAUGGCCAGGGUGAUGUUUGGUGGAAUAUGUGGAGGCAAAGAACUCUUCAGUUUACACGACCUCAUCUCGUUGAACUAAUGAACUCCAGAGGCAUACUCAUUUCUAAUGUCAUUUUCAAGAACUCUCCCUUUUGGAAUAUCCACCCUGUUUAUUGCAGCAAUGUUGUUAUUCGAUAUGUCACCAUAUUGGCUCCAGCUGAUUCACCAAAUACCGAUGGAAUUGAUCCAGACUCAAGCUCCAAUGUCUGUAUUGAAGAUUCCUAUAUUUCAGUAGGGGAUGAUCUAGUAGCCGUAAAGAGUGGCUGGGAUCAAUAUGGAAUUGCUUAUGGUCGCCCUAGUCAUGGCAUAACCAUCCGAAGGAUAACUGGAUCAUCUCCAUUUGCUGGAAUUGCAGUUGGAAGUGAAACCUCUGGUGGCGUAGUGGACGUUUUAGCUGAGCAUAUAAGUCUUUUCAAUAUGGGAGUUGGUAUUCACAUUAAGACAAACAUUGGCCGAGGAGGGAUGAUCAGAAACAUUACGGUCUCAAAUGUCUACAUAGAAAAUGCACGGACGGGGAUUAAGAUUGCAGGUGAUGUUGGGGAUCAUCCAGAUGAAAAUUUCAAUCCAAAUGCUCUUCCAGUUGUUAAGGGUAUCAAGAUUAAGGAUGUUUGGGGUGAAAAGGUUUUGCAGGCUGGUUUGAUUCACGGUUUGAAGAAUUCCCCUUUCUCUGGGAUUUGUCUCUCCAAUAUCAACCUUCAUGGCAACCCUGGCCCACGAAAUUCCAUUUGGAAAUGCUCAGAUGUUAGCGGAGCUGCCAUUCAAGUCAGCCCUUUUCCUUGUGCAGAACUCACCAGCAGCCAAAAAACUGGCCUCCAGGAAAUACAUGUGCAAAGUCAUCAUCAUCACCUUCAGAAGGUAUCAUAUCAUUACCAUAAGGGAUCUGAUCAUCAAGAUGUGUUGACUGUGUUCUUGGCUUCAGGUUGUCUGCAUGAUGGAAAUGAUGGUGGUCGCAUAAUCGCGAAGGACGCCUAGAUCUAUCCGGAAAGUGGCGGUUGAUU